ACAGUACUGUAAGAUUUGAAAGACAUCAUGUCAAAUUGUUCAGAAGAGAGCGCUAACGUAACAAAACGUGAUAACAAUUAUGAAGUAGUGGAACUGACUGGACAUGGCCGAUACCACCAGCUGGUUCUGGUUGCUUGCUGCAUCAUCAGCAACGGCGUGGCACUGGAUAUGUUCGGCUUCAGCAUCGUUGUGACGGCGGCCGCCUGCGAUCUGCAGCUUGACAUCACACAGAUUGGAAUACUGGCCUCAGCGCCAUUUGCAGGAGUUUUGUUCGCGUUUCCGUGGGGCUAUUACGCGGACACCGGUGGCAGAAGACGUGCGCUGUUGCUGUCCACAACUGUUGGCUUCACCUUCGCAGCUCUCAGCAGCUUCUCUAUCAACUGGCAGAUGAUGCUCGCAUUUAAAAUAAUUGGAUCCAGUUUUUCAUCAUCAUCGUUCACCUUGGUGAUGACUUACUUAGGAGAGAGCAUCGGCAGCGCGCGACGUAGUCAAUACCUCUUUAUCAUGAACAGCAUGAACCUGGCCUCGGAGAUAGCGUCAUUUGGUCUUGCACUGUUCAUUUUGCCACUAACGUUCCAUUGGUCAGUACCAUGGCUUCACGUAACAUUACGCGCCUGGAGGCUGUUUACAUUUAUCAUUGCUGUACCAUUGGGAGUAGGCGCUGUGUUAUUAUUCUACCUCUAUGAAAGUCCAACAUUUCUAGCCAAUAAAGGUGAUACUGAAGAAGCUAUAAAAGUGUUGCGGAAAAUCUUCGUAUUCAACGGUGGAGAUGAAAAAGAAGAAUUCGUGAUUGGACACCUAAAACACAGUGAAUCAGUAAAACUCAAAGAGACAAUCUGGCAAUCGUUAAAGAACAAACUGUGCCACUGUUCCAACCUCCGUUAUUGUGGAGAACUUUACAGUUGUUUUAUUUAUUGGUUAUUUGUUGUACAACGAAUAAUGUGUUUCUUAUGUGGUACCCGACUAUGGUGAAUUUGUUUUUCAAUUCAGUGUCUAGUGGCUCUAAGGAUAUGGGCUUCUGUGAAGCUGUGGUCCAAAACAUAACGACUGAUAUAAAU